GGUUAUACUUUAUAGGUGUACAGAAAUAGAGAUAGAGAUAUAGAUAGAGAAUAUUAGAGAUAGAGAUGCAGUCUAGGAUUGUUGGUCAGGUUGGUGCUAUCAAUGAGAAGAAGGAGCUGACUUCGCUUGGGCAUCAUCUUGCUGCCAUGCCUGUUGACGUCCACAUUGGGAAAGUGAUGCUGUAUGGAGCUAUUUUUGGCUGUCUGAUGCCUGCUCUGACAAUAGCAGCAUGCCUUAGCUAUCGGUCACCUUUCUAUUCCUUCCAGCGAGAGAAGCAUGCAGCUGAGUUAGCUUGGCAGGCUCUGGUGGCACCCAGCUCUGCUACCAAGGAAUCAGGCGAACAGAGCAUCGCACGUGGCGAGCAGUCGGACCAUCUAGCCAUGGUUGCUGCCUAUGAAGGCUGGCGUUCAUCACUUGAGAAGGGAGGAUCAAAAGCAGCUCGAGAGUACUGCAGAAAAACGUUCCUUAGCAUUCAAACACUGGAAAUGAUCAGAGAUAUGAGGCGGCAAUUUGCGACCUUGCUUGCUGACAUCGGUUUUGUCAAGCUGCCAAAGGGCUCAGCAACAAAGGACAAAUGGGCACCCGAUUGGGUAGACGACCCGAAACAAUUGUGGAAUGUACAUGCACUUCAACCCUCAAUCGUCAAGGCAGUCCUUUGUGCUGGUCUCUAUCCUAAUAUCGCAGCAAUGACCGAAGAGAGUAUUCUUCUUGGGCAUGCAUCGGCAAUAAAUGCAGCUGGUGGGGGUUCUGGAGCAAGGCCUAAAUGGACGGACGGAGAGCGGCCAGUGGCCAUCCACCCUUCCUCCAUCAAUCAUCCACUCACCAACUUCAAGUUUCCUUUUAUGGUUUAUCAUGAGAAGGUCCAAACUUCCAGAGUUUUUAUAAGGGAUUGCAGUGUCGUCUCUCCGUACCAACUAUUGCUGUUUGGAGGGCCUAUCACAGUGCAGCAUCAGACUGGCCAAGUGACAGUGGAUGGAUGGCUGUCUCUAAAAGCCCCAGCUCAGAUCGCCGUUCUUUUCAAGGAGUUGCGGCGAGCGUUGGAUGCGCUGUUGGCACAGAAAAUCAGCCGUCCGAAACAGGCUGAUACCGACUCUUCUGUUGAUCGCGAAGUUAUUGGCACCAUAGCCAAGCUUCUAAUCGACGAGCAGAAACCUCAGAUGUAGAUGAGGAGGACAGCUAUAGCUGCCAAUGAAUUUGUUCAGUGUUG